AUGACUGACUGGAAGUUUAGUGGCGAGCAGGCACCCAGGAGCGAGGAGGAGUGGGCGGGGGAGUUUGACAAAUAUCGCCAGUCUCCUGAGUUCAAGAGGGUGAACAGCAGCAUGACGGUAGAUGAGUUCAAGUUCAUCUAUCGGAUGGAAGUCAAUAGCAGCAUGACUGUCGAUGAGUUCAAGUUCUACUGGAUGGAGUACGCUCACCGCAUGUGGGGGAGGGCGCUCGGCCUGCUGUUCCUCUUCCCCGCCGCUUACUUCGCCGACCGCGGCUACAUCAAGACGAAGCUCGCCGCCCGCUGCGCCGUGCUGUUUGGCCUGGGUGGGGCGCAGGGGCUGAUCGGCUGGUGGAUGGUGAAAUCAAUCCUCGUUGAACACUGGUAA